AUGGCUUGUUACGUCACCAUGGCUUGUUACGUCAUCAUGGCUUGUUACGUCACCAUGGCUUGUUACGUCAUCAUGGCUUGUUACGUCACCAUCACCAGGCACCGGCCACAACAGGACCGGCCACAACAGGCACCAGCCAGAGCACCGGCCACAACAGGAACCGCCACAACAGGCACCGGCCACAACAGGCACCGGCCACAAGGGACCACAACAGGAACCGGCCACAACAGGCACCGGCCACAACAGGAACCGGCCACAACAGGCACGGCACAUGAGCGCACAACAGGGCACCAGCCACAACAGGAACCGGCCCAGCAAGACUGGCCCACAACAGGCACCAGCCACAAAGGAACCGGCCACAACAGGCACAGGCCACAACAGGCACCGGCACAACAGGCACCGGCCACAACAGGCACUCGCCGGCAAGGAACCAGCCCAACAGGACCAUCAACAGGCACCGGCCACAGCAGGACCGGCCACAACAGGAACCGGCCACAACAGGCACCACAACAGGCACCGGCCACAACAGGAACCGGCCACAACAGGCACCGGCCACAACAGGCACCGGCCGCCAGGACGGGAACAGAGACCACAACAGGCACCGGCUGGCAGGAACCAGCCGGGCACAACAACAGGCACCGGCCACAACAGGCACCGGCACAGGCACCCAAGCAGGCACCGGCACAACAGGCACCGGCCACAACAGGCACCGGCCACAACAGGGAACCGGCCAACGGGCACCAAGCACAACAGGCACCGGCCUGCAGGGACCACAACAGGGACCAGCCAACAGGCACCGGCCACAACAGGGACCAGCCAGCAGGCACAGCCACAACAGGCCCGGCCACAACGGAACCGGCCACAACAGGCACCGGCCACAACAGGAACCGGCCACAACAGGCACCAGCAGGCACCAGCCCAGCAGGGACCAGGCCGCCACAACAGGCACCGGCCACAACAGGCACCGGCCUGGCAGAGACCAGCCUGGCAAGAACAGGCACAACAGGACCGGCCACAACAGACCGGCCACAACAGGCACCGGUCACAACAGGCACCAGCCAACAGGCACCAGCAGCCCAACAGAAACCGGCCACAACAGGCACCGGCCACAACAGGCACCGGUCACAACAGGCACCGGCCACAACGUACGUGGCUCCACGGUCAACACCGGCAGCUCGCUACGGUCACGUGUACAUGUGCGGCUAA